AUGCGCCUGAUCAAUACAAACUCGUUAGAGCUCGAAGAGUUCUUUGAUAGCAAGAUUCCCGAGUAUGCAAUAUUGUCCCAUCGAUGGGGCCAGAAAGAGAUAUCGUUCAAGGAAUUCCGAAAGGACAAGACACCAGAUGACGCAGGUAAAUCGAAAAUCAUCCGAUGCUGUGCGUUGGCAAGGACGCGUUCGAUCUCAUGGGUCUGGAUAGACACCUGUUGUAUUGAUAAGAGAAGCAGUGCUGAGCUGUCUGAGGCCAUCAACUCUAUGUAUCGCUGGUAUCAGAAUGCGAAGGAGUGUUAUAUCUACCUUUCUGACGUUGUAUUGCCUGGGAAGUGCCUACCGUCAAGCAAUGAUGCGUCGUAUCAGCAAUUCCACGAGUCGUUCAGACAGUCCCUAUGGUUUACACGAGGCUGGACCCUUCAGGAGCUUUUGGCACCUCGCAAAAGCUUCUUUUUCGACUCUGAUUGGGAAAUCAUCAGCAGUCAAGAGGAUCUUGUCAGUGAUAUUGCCGAAGCGACGGGGAUCUCUCGUGAGGAUCUUGAAUCCGCUGAUCUCAAGAGUGCAAGUAUUGCACGAAGAAUGUACUGGGCCUCGAAAAGAGAAACGAGUAGGGCAGAAGACAUGGCUUAUUGCCUACUUGGUAUCUUCGACAUCAAUAUGCCACUAUUGUACGGUGAAGGAAUUGAGAAAGCCUUCAGGCGGCUUCAAUUAGAGAUCAUCAAAGACUCGGAUGACGAAUCAAUAUUCGCUUGGUCAACAAAAACAAGGAAUACAAGCAUUCUCGCGCCUGACCCGGGCUGCUUCAUCAAUUCCAGGGACAUUGUCUCAUUUUCAAAUUACAGGGCUAAUAUCGGCAGACCAUUCUCAAUGACGAACAGAGGGCUGGAAAUGAACGUGCCAGUGGAAUAUCUUUGGGAACAUCCUACAUUAUUCGGUAAUGCGCUCUUCCUGAACUGCGGAAAGCUUCCUCCCAACGGCGUCACAGGAGAAACAUUCCUUGUCAGCAUCCGUAUUAUAUUCGAUAGUCAAGUUUUCUCCGGAAAUAGUCUAUGUUGUCGCCGAGCCAACUCGAACAAUUUAGAAUUUCAAAGCCCACCGGAAACAACGUUUGAACUUUUCCAGAAAAGAAAACACCUAACCAUUUACGUGUGCGAACAUUCAGGAAAUUUCGAUUAUUUCUUGACGAACAAGGCAAUACGCCAAAUGGCAGAGGAACAGAAGUAG